AUGCCAACACGUAGCAGCGCAAAAAUCGAGAAAUCAACAUUAAAUCGUUGCGAAAAUCUUCAACAAUACUGCCUCAAUUCGUCUCUACAUGGAUUGCGUUAUAUUGGCACAACAAGCUUAUCAGCUUUCGAGAGGAUUUUUUUUGGUGUUUCGUUUGCCUUUGUAUUCGUACUUGCUGCAUAUUUCAUAUCAAAUAUUUGGCAAAAGUGGAAUGAUAGUCCUGUUAUCAUAUCCGGUAAUCCAAUAACAACAAAAAUUAAGGAUAUUCCAUUUCCAGCUGUAACAAUUUGCAAUAUGAAUCAAGUAAGAAAAAGUUUCGCCAUAAAUAUACGAUCGAAACGUGACAAACUUAUUUUGGAUAGCAUCUGUACGAGUGGUGAUGGAUUAAAAGACAAUUUGACAGACUUUGAAGGCAAAUGGUCAUACGUAAGGCAAUUCUUUCUAAAUGCAUCCCAGCCAUGUCAUCAAAUGAUACAAUUUUGUAAGUUUGGUAUGCGUAUUGUGAAUUGUGACGAAAUCUUUACGACUGUUUUAACAGAUGAGGGUCUGUGUUGUACAUUCAAUGCAUUCCAUCCAAAAUUAAUGUUCAAGACUUUUGAGGAGGAUGAUCACAUUGACAAUACAUUGAGUGACUUUCCAUACGCAACAUGGAAUCCAGAGAAUGGAUAUAAUAAUGUAAAGCCACCAUAUCCUCGUCCGGUACCGGGAGCGGGAUAUCAUUUUGGAUUAUCAUUACUUCUCGAUGUUGACGUUGCCAAUUAUUAUUGUAGUUCAACGAGAUCGUAUGGAUUUAAAGCCCUUCUACACUCGCCAGUUGAAACAGCGAAAAUGGCAAAUUUUGGAUUUUUCAUUUCACCAGGAUUAGAGACAAAAGUCGUAAUAACACCGAAAAUAAGUGAGGCAACAAACUUAAUACGACGCGUACCAAUGCAACAACGACAAUGUGUGUUUGCGAGUGAAAAUAAUUUAUCAUAUUAUAACAUUUAUUCGAAAAAGAACUGCGAGAUGGAAUGUAAUUCAAAACUAACGGAAAGUGAAUGUGGAUGUACAUUAUAUUUUAUGCCGAGGAAGUAUGACAAUGAGAGUAAAAUUUGUAGUAGAUUGGAAGCGCCAUGUUACGAGAAUAUUAUUUAUAAAAUACAAAAUACAAUGAAUGGCAAUUUAUCAUGCAAUCAUUGUUUACCAGCAUGUUUUGAGAUAAAUUAUGGACGUGAGAUAUCUUCCUCUAUCCUGGGAACUGGAAGUUUCCAAACAGUCGAACCUCAACUUUCGAGAGUUUAUAAUGCAAACUACAUACGAGAUAAUUUAGCAGUUGUUCAUAUCUCAUUAAAUGAGAAUGCUUACAGUGGAAAUACAAAGAAUGAAUUGAUUGGAUUUACGGAAUUCCUUAGUAACACCGGUGGACUUUUAGGUCUAUUUAUGGGAUUUAGUGUAAUAUCGCUAAUGGAAAUCAUUUAUUUUCUAUCGUUACGUCCAUAUUGCGCAUUGAGACGUGCCGAUGUCGAUGAAAAUGUGCAACAACGUAAUAAUCGAAAUCAUGUUAAUGUCCGUUUACCAAAUAAAAAAAAUUUCUUAUCGAGUCAUGGAAUUAAUGAUCAUUAUGGACGAAAUGAUAUGUUUAAACGUAAAUCCUCGGCAAUAGCUACAACUGUAAGCAUUUGUGAGGAUUUACAAACGAAAUUUAUAUCUGGAUUAAGAAGUACGAGACAAAAAGCAUCGAAUACUUGGGUCACAUUGAGUGAAAUUUAUAGAGAUGAAAGUCAAGCGCCAUAUCCGUAUCUCAAUUGA